GCGGCACGUAGUGGCGCGAAAUCCCUUCAGUCGAGUGUUUAGUCUGCAGGACUACACACAGUACCGGUUUCUGAGCCGUAUUUUAUUAUUUUCGGAGCUGAUUAAAUAGUUGAACGCAAUGGCGACUGAUAUGGUUGAUGAACAGGAGAUGAGGGAGGCUCAGAGGGACUACCUGGACUUUCUAGAUGAUGACCAAGAUCAGGGCAUCUAUCAAAGCAAAGUCCGGGACAUGAUCAGCGAGAAUAAGGCUCGACUCAUAGUCAACAUCAACGACCUGAGGAGACGCAACGAGAACCGGGCUGCAAAGCUGAUGAGCAACGCCUUCGAGGAGCUGCUGGCGUUUCAAAGGGCCCUGAAGGACCUGGUGGCCUCGGUGGACGCCACCUACGCCAAGCAGCAUGAGGAGUUCUUCAUCGGGCUGGAGGGCAGCUUUGGCUCCAAGCACGUCACCCCUCGCACGCUCACCUCCCGACUGCUGGGCAGCAUGGUGUGUGUGGAAGGCAUCAUCACAAAGUGUUCCCUGGUGCGGCCCAAGGUGGUGCGUAGCGUCCACUACUGCCCGGCAACCAAAAAGACACUGGAGAGGAAGUACACGGAUAUGACGUCUCUGGAUGCGUUCCCUUCCAACGCCAUCUACCCCACCAAGGAUGAGGAGAACAACCCUCUGGAGACAGAGUUUGGCCUGUCCAGCUAUAAAGAUCACCAGACCAUCACGGUGCAGGAGAUGCCGGAGAAGGCCCCCGCUGGCCAGCUGCCGCGCUCAGUGGACAUCAUCCUGGACAACGACCUGGUGGACAUGGUCAAGCCGGGAGACCGGGUUCAGAUCAUUGGAACGUACCGGUGCCUGCCUGGCAAGAAGGGAGGAUUCACCUCGGGGACAUUCAGGACCAUCAUGAUAGCCUGCAAUGUUAAACAAAUGAGUAAGGAGGUGUCCCCCCACUUCUCUGCCGACGACGUGGCCAAAAUCAGGAACUUUAGCCGGACCCGAGCCAAAGAUGUGUUUGAUCAGCUAGCUCGCUCUCUGGCUCCCAGCAUCCACGGCCACGAGUACAUCAAAAAGGCCAUUCUGUGCAUGUUGCUGGGCGGGGUGGAGAAGGUGCUGGAGAACGGCUCCCGCAUCAGAGGCGACAUCAACGUCCUCCUCAUCGGUGAUCCAUCGGUAGCCAAGUCACAGCUGCUGCGUUACGUCCUUCACACAGCACCCAGAGCCAUCCCCACCACCGGACGAGGCUCCUCCGGCGUGGGUCUGACCGCUGCCGUCACCACUGACCAGGAGACCGGUGAGCGUCGCCUGGAGGCAGGCGCCAUGGUUCUGGCCGACCGCGGCGUGGUGUGCAUUGACGAGUUCGACAAGAUGUCCGACAUGGAUCGCACGGCCAUCCACGAGGUGAUGGAGCAGGGCCGCGUCACCAUCGCGAAGGCUGGCAUCCACGCCCGCCUCAACGCCCGCUGCUCUGUGCUGGCAGCCGCCAACCCCGUGUACGGCAGGUACGACCAGUAUAAAACCCCCAUGGAGAACAUCGGUCUGCAGGACUCGCUGCUGUCGCGUUUCGAUCUCCUCUUCAUCGUGCUGGACCAGAUGGACCCUGAACAGGACCGCGAGAUCUCGGACCAUGUGCUGAGGAUGCACAGAUACCGCGACCCCCGCGAGCAGGAGGGAGCAGCCAUGUCUCUUGGUGGGACGGUGGACAUCCUGGCUACGGAAGACCCAGACGCGAUAGCAGAUGAUCAAGAGGAGCUGCAGAUCUAUGAGAAACACAACAACCUGCUCCAUGGAAGCAAGAGAAAGAGGGAUAAGAUUGUGAGUAAAGAGUUCAUGAGGAAGUACAUCCACAUCGCAAAGGGCGUGACGCCAGUGCUGACGGAGGAAGCUGCCAAUCACAUUGCGGAAGAAUACUCGAGGCUGAGGGGCCAGGAGCAGCUGGGCUCUGAUAUCGCCAGGACCUCUCCAGUGACGGCCCGAACGCUGGAGACGCUGAUCCGUCUGUCCACAGCGCACGCCAAGGCCCGCAUGAGCAAAGCCAUAGAGCUGGAGGACUCGGAGGUGGCCGUGGAGCUCGUCCAGUUCGCCUACUUCAAAAAGGUUUUGGAGAAAGUGAAGAAACGUUCAAGACAGGAGCAGGAUUCUGGUUCAGAGGAGGAGGACGAGGAGGCAUCGACUCAGCGUUCACAGAGAACUGUGAGGAAGAGGGGGCGACGUGGUUCUCAGAGCGGCGAACCAUACAGCCCAUAUGACUUCAGUGAAGAGCAGGACGUCCCACAGAUUCAGGCAGGCACACCAAAACCAGCCAAGCCACAGCAAAAAGAGCCGGAGGAGCCAAUGGACGCUACAUCACAGGCUGAGGAGCCAGAACUCUCUGCAGAAAGGCUCAAAGAGUUCAAGUCGUCCCUGUUCGCCGUCUUCCAGUCGGCUCACGCUCAGUCUGUGAAGAUGAAGAUGCUCAUGGCCGACAUCAACAAGGAGGCACAGAAGCAGUUCACGGAGCCCGAGGUGCGCACCGCCUUGGCUCGCAUGCAGGACGACAACCAGGUCAUGGUGGCCGAUGACAUCAUCUUCCUCAUCUGAGGGAGGAGGAUGACUUUCUGAAACCAGCGACAGACUUCUUAAGAAACUGCAACUUGUGUCGAGGCAUAUUUGUUUCACCUGAUAUUGAAUUCUUCUUUGUGCCUAGUGCCUUGUUCGCGUUUCACCUGCAGUUUAAGGCAGUUUUCUUCCGAGGAGCAAAGUGCAUGAAACCAGUGUGCAUGUGUGGAAGCAGAACCGGUUCUAGAGUCUUUCUCGUUUCUGCUACUUUGUCAUGUUCUUAUCAUAAUUAACACAACAGCCUGUUGCACUUUUGUUUAACAGGGGAACAAUAAGCACAUUAAGGAAAUGUUCUAUGGUCAUUUGAUUUUUGAGUUUGUAUAUAGUUGAAGAUGUGAUUUGAAAUGAAUGAUGUGUAUUAAAAAAAAAAAAAAGUAAUUCAGUAAAGGCUCUGUUCUUAUCUGCAUGUAGAUCCAGCAGAAAUCACUGCUGGCGUCGUGCUGGUAAGUUUGUGCUGUGAAGUGGCAGCUUGUCUCCCGCCCCCUGGGCGCAAACUAUCGUUCUGACUGGUGAGGUCGAACCGCAGCAAUGGUCUGCGAUGCGGAGGAGACUCGAUUUCCCACCAGUGUUUUGCUCAAAUGAUUCGACCUCUUCCUUGUGUAUCGGCGUAUUUACAAGAAGCAUUUAGUUUAAAACCCCAGGGCGUCCAGUCAUUGUGUUGUGUGCGUGGGAGGCUCCUGUAACGUUCGUAUCACACUUUAAUGUUAGUAAUCUGAGGUUUAACAGGCAAAGUGUCUGUCAAAAUUAAAAGCCAUUAAGCUUUGCACUGAUGUUUGUUUGAGCCUUUUACCUCUCCAUCAU